AUGGUGAUGCGCAUAUCUACGCUGAAAUUUGAUCAUGCCGAACUCAUCUCUCUCUCCAAGCGCCUCACAGCCCUUCAAUCGCUUCUUCCAUUCCACGCCAUCACAGUCACUACCGGCAACUCCACCAACCCCUUCAUUGCCGCUAGACUCAUCUCUCUCUACGACACUCUCAACCACCCUUCUUCCUCUUCAACCCUCUUCCACUCCCUUCCUUUCAAAGACAUUUUCCUGUGGAACUCCUUCCUCAAAACCCUCUUCUCUCGCUCCCUUUUCCCUCAGCUUCUCUCUUUUUACUCCCUCAUGCGCUCUUCCAAUGUCUUGCCAAAUCACUUCACUUUCCCUAUGGUUGCUUCUUCUUAUGCCCACUUGAUGCUUCUCCCUUUUGGGAUGAACCUUCAUGGAUUGGCUUAUAAAGUUGGGUUUUUUCCUUCUAGUUCGGCUGUUGGGUCUUCCUUUGUGUCGUUGUAUUCAAGGUGUGGUGAAAUGAAUGAUGCGGUUAAGGUGUUUGAUGAAAUUUCUGUCAGGGAUGUGGUUGCUUGGACUGCACUUGUUAUUGGGUAUGUGCAAAACGGGGAGAGUGAGAAGGGUUUGAAGUGUAUUAGUGAGAUGUAUGCUGCUGGGGGUGAUCAUGAUGCUCAGAGGCCUAAUUCCAGGACAUUUGAGGGUGGGUUUCUUGCUUGUGGGAAUCUGGGUGAUUUGUUUAGUGGCAGGUGUUUGCAUGGUUUGGUUGUGAAAAAUGGGAUUGGAUGUUCACUUGUUAUACAAUCUUCGAUUUUGUCUAUGUAUAGUAAAUGUGGUGUGCCUCAAGAAGCUUAUCAAUCCUUUUGUGAAGUGAUCAACAAAGAUCUUUUGUCGUGGACAUCCGUCAUUGGUGUUUAUGCUAGGUUUGGGUUGAUGUGUGAUUGUGUGAGAUUCUUUUGGGAAAUGCAGGAAAGUCAGGUGUACCCGGAUGGAAUUGUUAUUGGUUGUAUUCUUUCGGGUUUUGGUCAUUCCGCGGAUGUAUCUGGAGGGAAAGCUUUUCAUGGAUUAGUUAUUAGGAGACAUUAUGUGCCUGAUGAGAUGGUUGAUAAUUCAUUGUUGUUUAUGUACUGCAAAUUUGGAAUGUUAAGUUUUGCCGAGAGGCUCUUCUAUUGGUGUCAAGGGAGCACAAAGUGCUGGAACUCUAUGGUUGUUGGCUACGGUAGAAUAGGCAACAACUUAAAAUGUAUUGAACUCUUCCGGGAAAUGCAGUAUUUAGGUAUUUGUUCUGAAUCGGUUAGCGCAAUUUCUGCAAUUGCUUCGUGUGGUCAGUUAAAAGAACCCAACUUGGGAAGGUCAAUUCAUUGCAAUGUGAUAAAAGGUUUUAUGGAUGAGACUCUCUCAGUAACCAAUUCACUCAUAGAAAUGUAUGGAAAAUGUGAUAAAAUGACCGUUGCUUGGAGAAUAUUUAAUCGGACUGAGAGGGAUGUUAUCUUGUGGAACACUCUGAUUUCAGCUCAUAUUCAUCUCAAGCAUCAUGAAGAGGCCAUAAGUUUAUUUAAUACGAUGAUUAUGGAGGACCAGAAGCCUAACACAGCCACUUUGGCGGUAGUGCUUUCAGCUUGUUCUCACCUUGCAUCUCUAGAGAAAGGAGAGAGAGUUCACGACUACAUAAAUGAAAAAGGUUUUAAGCUCAAUUUACUGCUUGGCACAGCUUUGGUUGAUAUGUAUGCCAAGUGUGGGCAGCUAGAGAAAUCAAGGGAGGUAUUUGACUCGAUGAUGGAAAAGGAUGUAAUUUGCUGGAAUGCAAUGAUCUCGGGCUAUGGAAUGAAUGGAUAUGUAGAAUCUGCGGUGGAGAUAUUCAAUCUUAUGGAGGAAUCAAAUAUUAAGCCAAAUGAAAUUACUUUCCUCUCUCUUCUCUCAGCGUGUGCCCAUGCAGGACUUGUUGAAGAAGGGAAAUACUUGUUCGCUAAAAUGCAAAGCUAUUCCGUGAAGCCCAAUUUAAAACACUAUACUUGUAUGGUAGAUCUUUUGGGAAGGUCCUGUAAUUUAGAAGAAGCAGAAGAAUUGGUCUUAUCCAUGCCUGUUUCUCCGGAUGGUGGCGUGUGGGGAGCGCUGUUAAGUGCUUGUAAAACUCACAAUCAAAUUGAAAUGGGAAUAAGAAUCGCCAAGUAUGCUAUUGACUCUGAACCAGAAAAUGAUGGAUACUAUAUAAUGCUAGCCAAUAUGUAUAGCUCUAUUGGGAGAUGGGAAGAAGCAGAAAAUGUGAGAAGGACAAUGAAAGAUAGGUGUUUGCUGGGAAAGAAAGCUGGUUGGAGUGUGCUCUGA